CUGAAAGUCUUUCCAUAGCCUCGGGCUGCUCUUCCCUGUCGUGUGACUUUCAGACUUUUGGCGUCUGUAGAGGGGUUAAAAUUAUAUACAUAUACAAGCAACAAAGGCGAGGAAAAGACUUGGACGCGGACUUUGACUUCACUCAGCCCAACGCUCGUCGACUCGGGGGCUGAAACCAACAUAGCCUGCCUCAAACACGUAUUGACUCGACUCUUACCCACGACCCUCGUACAUAACACGGAGAAAGAGAUAGGGACAAGAGAGGGAGCACUUCCAACAUGGCCGUCAACAUGAACACAUCACAAUUGCUCGAGCUGGACGUCGACCGGCGAGCCACAUCCCCCACGCCCGGCACGUCACUACCCGAAGACGACGGUAUGCGCUCACUCCGCCUAAAAAUGCAUGAGAUUCGGAACCUGGCAGCGUCAACCGAAGAGAAGGCAAGAGCAAUGCACUUGCUCAUGACAAGAGACUACAUCACAAUGAACAACCCCGAUCACGACAUGCCCGACCUCUUCCACCAAGGCCCGCUCUGUCACCCUGCCCGUUCAGCAGACAACCCCUACAACAUCACUCCAGAAGACCUCGAACCCAGCUACUGCCCCGAUCAUAUCAAUGACGAGGGAACCGGCCUCGGAUGCCCUCACUACAGCCGCAACGUCAAAGUACAAUGCUUCGAUUGCAACCAAUGGCACCCGUGUCGACACUGUCACGACGCUUCACCCACUCUACCCUUUCCUCAUGGCCUCAAUCGUAAAAUGACACGCAACAUGCUGUGCAUGCUCUGCAGCACUCCACAAACUGCUGGCCCCACAUGCACCAACUGCGGUAUAGACUCUGCCUAUUACUACUGUUCGAAGUGCAAGCUGUGGGACAAUGACAGCACAAAGAGCAUCUACCACUGUGACGACUGUGGCAUCUGUCGUCGCGGUGAGGGCUUGGGAAGAGAUUAUGUCCACUGCAAACGGUGUAAUGUCUGCAUCUCCAUCUCUACCAGUAGUACCCAUCCAUGUGUCGAAAGGGCUACAGACUGUGAUUGUCCUUUGUGCCUAGACUACCUCUUCUCAUCAUCGCUGCCGGUAGUGAGUUUGGCUUGUGGCCACUAUAUGCAUGGGAGAUGCUACAAGGAUCUCAUGCAUGUCACAUAUCGCUGUCCCGUAUGCAACAAAUCUGCCGUCAACAUGGAGCUCCAAUGGCGAAAACUCGAUGACGAGAUACGUCUGCAACCGAUGCCUGAGGACGAGUUUGAGGACUCUACUGCUGCGAAAGAGAAUCCAACGCAUCGUCGCGUACCUCGAAAAGUAUUUGUAGGCUGUAACGACUGUGGAGGAAGAGGCUGGUCCGCCUUUCACUGGCUCGGUCUGAAAUGCCCACACUGCGACGGAUACAACACAACUCAGACCGCUCAACUAGGCUCCGAAAUUCCCGGUACACGACCCAUCGUUCGUCGUCACGAGUUUGCUGGUGUAAACGCCCUGCCAUCCGUCGUGACAGGCGACGAAGAAAGAGCAGAUAGUGCAUACGGCCGCCCAGCCUCUCCAGCACAAAUACCCAUCCCCCAACAAUCACAACAACAAUUACCAGUGCAACAAGCAGUUUUUGCUCCCCACUCACCCACAGGACGAAGCUACUUCCUCCAAGCCGAACAGGAAGAAAGCACUCGCAAUACCGAGCGCGCAUUGACCGCCGGUGACGCGUUCAGAAAUCUGCCCUACGAUAUUCUACAACGCUUCAGCAGAAGUCUAUCGCCUAUGCGCUACUACCUCGAAGGCCUAGAUGUCAGUGGCACAGCUUCUCAACCACCCACACUAGAAGACCAGGCACAGAAAGACGAGGCACAGCUUAAACGACCACAAACCGCCGAAUCGCGAGAAGGCAGUUUCUGGGGCGAAGGCAAUGCAGGCGUUUUCUUCGGUGACAUUUCAGAAUCUGAUGAGGAAGAAGAAGAUGAUGAUGGAGAAGAAGAUGAGGAUGAGGAAGACGAAAGUGAAGAUGAGGAAAGCGAUGAUGAUGACGAUGGAGUCGGCAGUCAGUUUGGGGAUCGCGACGCUUUUCCAGUGGAAGAUGAGGACGAUUUGAGGUUGCCUGGGCAUAUGUGAGCUGGUUCCUGCGAACGGAGGGUAAAUUUAACAAGCAUUCACUGUUUGACUUUUGUGAAAUGAAUCGAAUACAAGCCAUGUUCUUAUUCCUCACUCACGGAAUCGUCGUUGACAUCCUGUCUCAUC